AUGCGGAUGAUGCGACAUACCAUCAACGCUAUCGAGAGCGAGGAGAUGGAGGACGAGGACGAGGAGGAGACAGUUGCUUUUCGGCGAGACCUCGCUGGUCGGGUCCAAGCUUUGCACGUGCAGCCCGACCCUACCAACGAUCCGCCCGAAUUCACUUGGCCACCAGAGGUGUACGAGUCCUUGGAGCAAGUCUCUACGAUCCCGGAGUCCGUCGCACCCGAAUUUUUGUGGUACCCGAUGGCCAACAUGGUGCUCGCUGCGAUGUUCCCGCCAGGAUCCGGUUUCGCCGUCGCCCCUCAAGUGAUCCCCACAAAUCACAGCACGAAAGAGGCCGAGGACUACAUCGUAUUCUGGGUGCGCCUGGUCCUGCCUGGCGUGGCAGCGAACGGUCGUGGGGUGGCGGUCGUCAUUUGGGAAGCAAAGCCAGUCCAAUUUCUCAGGCAACCGGUCAGUCAGAGGGAAGCAGACGAUCAAAUGCGGGAGCGGCUCAUCAACAUGAAAGCGUCCAUGACAGUCCCCUUGCUGAUCGGGAUCUCGUCGAUGGGCCCUCGCCUUCACUUCUACACAAUGUUCCGGGACGGCCACAUUAACCCUCCGGCUCCUCCACAAGGAAACCUUAGCCGGCUGGAACGCUUCUGGGAUAUCCCGCAUCAUCGAUUCGACGUGGAGCGGCGCAGCGGAUGUGAAGCAAUGCGCUUGGUGAGGGAUAUUUGCAACGAUAUGGUAGCGCAGAGAUUUCAUAUCCGGGAGAUGCCGGCUGAUGAGCGCAUGGAGGAAAUUCGUCGCAGAAGGGAGGCGAGGCCGAGGCCGGCCCCGAAGCAAGUGUGACGGGCCAGGGUAGCCUCAACGACAUGGGUACGCGAUUUGUGACAUACGGUGGUACGGAACGUACGAAAACCUUGCUUUUGAACAUCAGCAAGACGCAGAAAUUCCAUGGCUUCCAAACACGUCUUGCAUAAUUUGGGAGCAAAGCGAAUAAUUUGGUUUCAAGCACUUGAAGGCUUCUCUGGCACGCAAACAUUGCAUGCUAACAGUCGAAGCAAACGGUGAAGGUUCAGUUACACUUUGGCUUAUAGGGCAUGACUGUCGAUUUCUGGAUGGCACGGAAUAAUUGCAUCGCCAUAACCGCGAAGAAUGUCGGGGAAAAC